AUGACCGACUGCUGGAGUGCUGUUGGUGAUGAUGGUGAUGAUGAUGAUUAUGGUGAUUCUGGUGAUGACGGUGUUGAUGGUGGUAAUUGUGGUGGUGAUGGUGCUGAUGAGGGUUGUGAUGAGGGUGGUGAUAGUGGUGAUGAUGAUGAUGGUGAUUUUGCCGGUGAUGUUGGUUGUGGUGGUGGUGAUGGUGCUGAUGAUCGUGGUUAUGGUGAUGAGUCUGGUGAUGAUGGUGGUGGUGCUGAUGGUGAUAGUGGUGUUGGUGGUGAUUGUGUCGAUGGUGGUGUCGAUGAUGAUGAUUCUGGUGAUGAUGGUGGUGGUGAUGAUGUUGAUGGUGCUGCUGAUGGUGAUGAGGAUUAUAAUGGUGAUGAUGAUGGUGGUGAUUAUGGUGGUGGUAAUGGCGAUGAUGUUUUUAGCCUCAACUUAAAGGUUUUGUCCCCGACGGACAACAUGCGUCCCCAGCCGCCCGAAAGGUCUUUAUUUCAUUACAGUUCGGGGUACUAG